AUGAAUCUUGUAAGGUUUAUGAACAACCGCGUUCCUCCUAACAAGAGAUACCAGCCCACAGAAUAUGAGCAUGCUGCCAACUGUGCCACGCAUGCGUUAUGGAUAAUCCCCAGCCUGCUGGGCAGCUCAGUGUUGCACUUCCAGUCGGAGGACCAAUGGGAGCGGUUGUCGGCCUGGGUGUACGGGGCGGGGCUCAGCUCGCUCUUCAUCAUCUCCACCCUGUUCCACACUGUGGCCUGGAAGAAGAGCCACUUACGGUCUGUGGAGCACUGUUUCCACAUGUGUGACAGGAUGGUGAUCUAUUUCUUCAUUGCUGCCUCCUAUGCCCCUUGGCUGAACCUGCGGGAACUGGGACCCUGGGCGUGCCACAUGCGCUGGUUGGUGUGGGUCAUGGCCUCUUUUGGUACUACCUACGUCUUCUUCUUCCACGAGAGGUAUAAGAUCAUGGAGUUGAUCUGCUACACAGUGAUGGGAGUUUUUCCUGCCCUGGUCAUCCUCUCAAUGCCGGAGCAGUCGGGGCUAUGUGAGCUACUGGCGGGCGGAGUCUGCUACUGCCUGGGGAUGGUCUUCUUCAAAAGUGAUGGCAUCGUCCCGUUCGCUCACGCCAUUUGGCACCUGUUUGUAGCCAUGGGAGCAGCCAUACACUACUACGCCAUCUGGAAAUACCUCUAUGCCCAGCCACCCAAUCAGGUCCAGACCUCCAGAUGACAUCAGCGCUGACCUCACGGGGAGUAGCUCCUGUGUUUGAGCGACUUCAGUGAGAUGACGUGAGCUGUGUUCAAAUUCAGGGGCUGCCUCAUUUGUAGGCUAGUUAGGCGACCAUGUACCUCCUCCCCAAAUGAUACAGUCUAACCUCACUUAGACCAAAACUAAUGCUGUACUCAAGUGGUCCUCGUCAACUCAUAAAAUAUUUCAGUGUCUAUCACCAAGAAAUUGCCCUCAAAUGACAAACCAGAGAAAAACAGUGGUAAGACUUGGGCAUGUUUGGUGAGGUGAUACCUGAAUUCCACUUAUCACAUGGUGGACAGUUGGGCAACAGUGUACCGGGUUUCUGAUGAUUGAAAUACUGUAUAUCCGCAUCACUUCAGUUUAUCUGUAACAACCUCUGUUUACCACCAUUUCCAGACUGUUAACAAGAGCGCACAGUGACGGUUAUGCCUGGCAUCCACUGGUUCAUGGGCAUCGGUUUGGUUUCAGAAGGCCAUGAUGCAUUCCAUAGUAAACCA